UUUCUAUUAAAUUCAAUUAAAAAAACAUUUUCUGGAGGAAGAAGGGCAAAGAAAAUAGAAGAAAUGGGAAAUUCAAUUGGGUGCUCAGCUUCAGGUGAAAGAUUGGUGUCAGCGGCAAGAGAUGGAGAUUUUACGGAGGCUAAAAUGCUUUUGGAUUGCAAUCCAUGCCUUGCUAAAUAUUCUACUUUUGGCGGCUUAAAUUCUCCUCUACAAUUUGCCGCCUCUAAAGGCCACAACGAGAUUGUGACCUUGUUGUUGGAAAAUGGAGCCGAUGUGAAUUCAAGAAAUUAUUCUGGUCAGACAGCAUUGAUGCAAGCGUGUCGAUAUGGGCACUGGGAAGUUGUUCAAACUCUUCUUCUCCACAGGUGCAAUGUCAGUCGAGCAGACUAUCUUAAUGGAAGGACAGCUCUUCAUUUUGCUUCGGUUAACGGACACAUCCGCUGUAUUCGAUUAGUGAUUGCCGAUUUUGUUCCAAGUGCUCCAUUUGAAUCACUGAGUGCUCAAACAAUUAGUGGCAGAAGUGAUUGUCCAAAUAAGAAUAAAACAAAUGCCCUCUACAAGUUUGUAAACAAAGUUGCGGAUGGUGGAAUUACGGCUCUUCAUAUGGCAGCAUUGAAUGGCCAUUUCGAUUGUGUUCAGCUUCUGCUUGAUCUUCAUGCAAAUGUCUCGGUCACCACUUUCAAUUAUGGAACGUCGAUGGAUUUUAUUGGAUCUGGGAGUACUCCUUUACAUUAUGCAGCGUGUGGUGGGAACUUGAAGUGCUGCCAGAUCCUUCUUGCAAGAGGUGCCAGUCGUUUAUCUCUAAACUGCAAUGGAUGGCUUCCUGUAGAUAUCGCGAGAAUGUGGGGCCGUCGUUGGUUAGAGCCUUUGUUGGCGCCUAAUUCUGUAUUGCCAACCCCAAUAUUUCCACCUUCGAAUUAUUUAUCAUUGCCACUUCUAAGUGUGCUUAAUAUAGCUAGAGAAUCGGGGUUGAAGUUAUCAGCUUAUCCUUCAGAAGAUGCCGAUAUCUGUGCAGUUUGCCUAGAGAGAGCUUGUAGUGUGGCAGCUGAAGGUUGUGGACAUGAACUAUGCGUUAGAUGUGCUCUCUACCUUUGCUGUAGCGUCAAUAACGUCAAUUCAGAAGCACUAACGCCAGCUGGCUCAAUCCCCUGUCCUCUCUGUAGACAUGCCAUUGUUUAUUUUACAAAAUCCCCAAUAAAUGGCACCAAAUCGCAGAUUAGUCCCAACUCGGUUUCUUCAGAAGUCUUUUGUCCGGUCUCUUGCAGUCCUUUUAUUCAUGAAUGUGAUGAAGCUCAUUGUCUGGAACGUGAAAAUAUGGACGAAAUGAGAAUGGGGAAAACCACGUGUUCGAAUGUGUUUUGGAAAAGACAAAAAGAUACCAGUAAGUUUUUAGUCUAAAUGUGAGAAGGGAAAGAAAAAAGAAGUGAAUCAGAAGGAAAGGAAUGGAGAUUUUUGUCACUCUCAUUUGAGGGGCAUUUAUAAUGUCAGAAAGAUGAGUGGAGUUAUUCUUUAGUUAAGAUGAGUGAGCCUGAAGGGGUGGCCUUCAAAGGUUCCCUGAACUUUUCAUUUGAGGGGCAUUUAUAAUGACAAACACAGUUAGUUAUGGCUGUGGUGAUCUCCAUUAAUAAAAUAUAUUCUGAUAUGUGUAUUUCUGGCUUGUGGAAUCUAGAUUCCUGGACCUUUUUAUUUAAUUUCAUUUCUCGAGUUAAAUUACAAGUGUGCAUAAUAGGAA